UCGGAAAAUCAUAUUCUUCCAAGGUUCACAGUGCCCAUGUGCCCAGUGGAGUAGACCCCGGUCAGUCUUACAGCUGUUUCCACAUUGAAAUCUACUUGUUCUCAUCACUUUCGCCGUGCCCUGGAUCUCAACGGCUACAUAGCCGUCGACUCUUACCAUGGUUCUCCAAGAUCUUGGCCGCCGCAUUAGCGGUGCCUUACACGAUGUUACUCGAGCGCCCAACCUCGAUGAAAAGGCUUUCAAAUCUAUGCUGAACGAAAUCUCGGGUGCCCUCCUCGAAGCCGAUGUCAACGUACGACUUGUCAGCAAAUUGAAAAAUUCAAUAAGCACUACAGUCAACUUCAAGGAUCUCCCACCUGGCGUAAAUAAGAAACGAUUAAUCCAGAAAGCCGUAUUCGAUGAAUUGGUUAAACUGGUCGAUCCCCACGCAGAGCCCUUCAAACCUAAGAAGGGCAAGUCGAAUGUUAUCAUGUUUGUUGGUUUACAGGGUGCAGGAAAGACGACUACGUGUACAAAAUUGGCGCGGCAUUACCAAGCCAGAGGGUUCCGAUCAUGUUUGGUCUGCGCCGAUACCUUCAGAGCUGGUGCUUUUGACCAGCUGAAACAGAAUGCGACGAAAGCAAAGAUCCCAUACUACGGUUCCUUAACCGAGACGGACCCCGCGAAGGUCGCUAGGGAGGGUGUGGAGAAAUUCAAGAAAGAGCGGUUCGAGGUUAUCAUUGUAGAUACUUCUGGACGUCACCGACAAGAAUCAGCGCUGUUUCAGGAGAUGGUUGAUAUUCAAAGCGCAGUAUCUCCUAACGAAACAAUUAUGGUUCUCGACGCCUCUAUCGGUCAACAGGCAGAAGCACAGGCGAAGGCAUUCAAGGAAGCGGCGGACUUUGGUGCAAUUAUCAUUACCAAGACGGACGGUCACGCGAGCGGAGGCGGCGCCAUCUCUGCUGUUGCCGCGACGCAUACGCCUAUAGUCUUCAUCGGUACCGGAGAACACAUGUUGGAUCUAGAAAGGUUUGCGCCGCAACAAUUUGUCAACAAGCUACUAGGAAUGGGUGAUAUGGCAGGUUUAGUUGAACACGUGCAAUCAUUGAAACUGGACCAGAAGGAGACGAUAAAACACAUAACGGAAGGAAUCUUCACGGUACGAGAUCUCAGAGAUCAGUUAAGCAACAUCAUGAAGAUGGGUCCCCUAUCAAAGAUGGCUGGUAUGAUUCCCGGCAUGUCUAACCUACCGGGAAUGGCGGGUAUGGACGACGAGGAAUCGAGCGCACGACUAAAGCGAAUGAUUUAUAUCUGCGAUAGCAUGACCGAAAAAGAACUUGAUAGCGAUGGCAAAAUUUUCAUCGAGCAGCCAACGCGUAUGACGCGGGUGGCUCGCGGCAGCGGUGUCAGCGUCCGAGAGGUUGAGGAUCUGCUCACGCAACAGCGGAUGAUGGCAGGUAUGGCCAAGAAGAUGGGCGGUAGUAUGAAGAACAUGCAACGCGCCCAACAGGCUAUGGGCGGAGGAAACAAAGCGCAGCAAAUGGCUGCUAUGCAGAAACGGUUACAGAGCAUGGGAGGUGCCGGAGCUGGCGGCGGUAUGCCGGACAUGGCGAGCCUAGCGAGAAUGUUUGGCGGCGGCGGAGGUGGAAUGCCGGGGGGCAUGGAUAUGCAGAAGAUGAUGGAGAGCAUGGGUAUGGGCGGGAUGAUGGGAGGUGGACGAGGCGGGAGACGGUAACGUGAAUAGGAACGGACGAUCCAAUACCAACGCAUAAUCGGUUCGGUGUCGAUUCAUAAUGUGGGCAUUGCAUGGCGUUUGGCGGUAAAACGAUGGGUACUAAUAUGAAGCAUGGAUUCAUUGGUGAAUCUUAGAUGUAUGCCUUUGAUUUGUAUUACCUAGAACGGAGCCGGUGAGAUUCCCGAGCAUUGCCGCCGCCGUCCGCGAGAGUUAUGUCAUUCCGAGGUAUCUAGCCGUGAAACAAGCUAAAGUCGCCGUCCGCGCUCGACAACAUUUCCCGCUCUGAACAUCAUACGGAUCGGCUGUGAAGCACAGCAUAUAUGCCAAUGUCUGAAUGUCUCGAUCCACCCAACGGUAGACACCUACUCAAGCAGCUAGGGACGUUGUGAUCCCCACACGAAGCACCUACAUAUUAAGACCGGAGGUACCUCCGUUAAACAUUAUAUACGUUUAGGGAGAGAUAAGCUCGGGAAUUCUUAACCUAAUCCCUACCCCACGGGGCGAAUCGGGACCAUUCCUAAUAGUGGGGGAAAUAGCAAUCAAGAUAUUACGAAUUAAGAAGUUUUGAAGUCAUCGUGAUGUCAAAUAUCCUUAACCGAAAGCUAAACGGCGUUGUAGCAGGAUAGCUCAGGUACAGACAUAGAAAGUGCGACUCACACCGUGCGGGGUUUACUUGAGAUGAUGGGGGAAUAUGUUGAAGGAGGUCACUAAAGUUAGAAAGAACUCUGAAUUUCCCC